AGCUCCAAAUGGCACCACUAACGGAUUUACUUUCUUGCAGUGUAAUAGAGAAAGACUGUAAUGGAGAUGUGUUGUGGACAUGGUCGUAUCCAGCUGUUACAGAAUCUCAGAAGACUGUAGUUACAAGAAAAUGCAAUUUAAAGUUGGAGCAUACAUCUCCUCAUGUAUUUGUAUGUGCGAGACAUGGACACGAUUGGUUCUACAUACAUUGCAGCGAGGUAUUUGACUCUGACAAACUACCGAAGGUAAAACAGUUUGCGUUGGUUCUUUUUGCAAAGGACUUUAAUCCACAAAAGUAUGAAGUGCUCUCAAGGGUCCUUAGCAAGAUGUAUUGCAAAACUGGAAAGCCGACGGAAAUUUUACAGUUAUACCUAUCUGUAUUUACAAAGGGAUCAUGUUCGACACAAGAGAAUGGAACGUUUGUCUCUGAUGAUUUUAAUACUCAUCGUUUUGCAGCUAGUACCAAUGUCAAAGAGCUGAUUAAAACAUUCGAAUUAGAAACAAUUUUGAUAUAUACCGCUCUCUUAUUGAAAAAGAAAAUUAUUGUAUACCAUCACAGUCUGGAGCAACUUCUUAAGUGGAUAAGAACAUUUCCUGCGUUGAUGAAACAUAGGAAAGUUACUGACAAUCUCUUUCCUUGGAUUGAUUUGGUGAACGAUGAGUUGAUCGAAUUGAAGAAAUAUUCGCACUAUGUGGCAGGCUGCAGUAAUAGCUCAAUAUCGUCAAGGAUAGAUCUGUACGAUCUACUUGUAAAUAUUCCUGCUAGAGAAAUUACUGUAGCACCGCACGCCAAAGAAAGUCUUACAAUGACAAAAACCCACAAGGAAAUAGCUUUGUUCAUGGUUCAACUAUGUGAAAAUCAAAACUACACAGAAGCACAGGUUAUAUCCGAGAUAAGUGACAAAACGCAAGAUCUUCUAAAUCAGUUAACUUCGUUAGCGACAGUGCAAACUCCAGAUGGCAAAAGAAUGAUAUCUGUCGAGAUAUUUAAAGAAAAAAAUUUGGCGCCGGCUGUAGAAAAUUUUCUCAUUAAUUUGGCCAUUGCUGAAAAUCUCUUUGUAUUAUAAUAAUUUUAUAAAUUAAAGUCUUUAAACAUAUGUUGAACG